AUGUUACGACCUGCAAAACCUGACCUACACUUUUUAAUAAUACUAUUAACACUCGUAUGUCUGUGUAUUUGUGACAUCAGUGAUUGGCAAACAACGUCCACGGUGCAUGAGGAGAUCUACACAGAUGAAGACUUGGACUUUCUAAUAAUCGGAGAUUGGGGCAUGAACGGACAAGAUCCUACUACUCACAAGUUUUUACAGCAAUCAGUCGCCGAGGCCAUGGAGGUUUGUGCUGAUGAACACGAUAGCAAGUUUAUUGUAAAUGUCGGAGAUAACUUUUAUAAAGGAGGAAAAUAUGACUAUCAAGGCGUGCAAACGGUUGAUGAUGAAAAGUGGAAUACUAUAUGGUUAGAUGUCUACAAUGGUAAAAAGCUAUCGUCCAUAAAUUGGUACACUGUCGCUGGAAAUCAUGACUGGUACAACAACGUGUCCGCCCAAAUCGAUUACAGUCUCCACAAAAACAGCAGAUUUUAUUUACCGGCGUUAUUCUACGUGCGAAGGACGACCUUCGGACCAAAGAACACAACGGUUGCUUGGAUCCAUAUUGAUACCAAUAUAUUUUUCUACGAUGAGGCAUUACAAAAGGCAAAAGGAAUGUUUGACAACUUUAAAAUAAUGGGCUGGGAUAAAGAUGGAGCAGUCGAAGAGAAGCUAAAAUGGAUCGAGGAUAGACUGGUUGAGAAUCAAGAUGCAAAGUGGAUAUUCGUCAUAGGUCAUCACCCAUUGAUCGGUGAAUGUGCUCAGCGUUAUAAAAUGAAAGAACUAAUUCCUAUUCUGGAUCGAUACCGAGUAACAGCUUACUUUGCUGGACACAACCACGUGCUAGAAUUCUUAGCACCAACAAGGAGGUCUCGUUUCGCACAAUUUAUUUCUGGUGCAGGUAGUAGAACCAGCAAAGCCUGCGAAAGUGGCGAUUGGGUGAGUGCUGAGGGAGCAGUCGGUUUCCUACAUGUGAGAAUAAGCGACAAGAGUGGAAAAAUGAUUUUUGAGUUUGUGGAUGCCACGGAUUCAGAUAUUGAGGGUGGGACGCAG